AGGGGAUGGCGUGAGUGGCAUGAGAAAUAGAGACAAUGUUUUACGGAAGCGGUCUUUUCCUUCUGAGCCUUAUUGCGAUAUCGCACUGCUACCACAACCAGUUCGAUAACAAGCAGUUCCACAUAUGGAUGAUAGAGGGCGCCAACAAGGACAACUCCUUCCAUAUGGAUAACAUUAACUUCGUGUGGUUGAACCCGGACCCGAAUGCCCCUCAAGAAGAUGAUUUUGUCCCCGAACCUAAGGCGAUUCAGGGGAAAGAGUUCAGGGUGAAAUACGAGAUGCAGUGGAAGGACCAGGAAGAACAAGACAAUUUCUUUGAGGAGUUGAUAACCAAGGGCUGGCUGGAUGCAGUCACCACCGUCCCAGAAGCCAAGGAGUUUUGCAACAGAACGUGCGGCAAUGCUGGCAGUGCUAAUAAAGAUAACUGCUGUAUUCACCACAUCAACAUCCACUCCUGCCCACAAGCCGCGUUAGGAAGUGACAUGUGCGGACCCUGGAUACCUGACGGAGGUGUUUUCACUCACACCGCUUCUCUGGCAUCGCCCAUACAGCCCUGGACUACUAAUGUUAUCCUCACUGAGGAAGGACAUAAUUUUAUCAUUGCUCACAUUAGAAUUGGAGCGAUACAGAUGGCUUUGGGGCACAAAAUCCUGGUUUAUCCGAAACCAAAUUGUGGCGAUGGAUUUUGUGCUGUAAACUCGGGUGAGACCUGUGAGAAUUGUAAGCAGGACUGCUGCGCCGGCCUCUCCACGACUAUUAUCAUCGUUAUCAUCGUGAUCAGUUGUCUGCUUAUACUAGCCCUCACCCUUAUACCUGCUGUGUGGUACUACCAGAAGCAGAAGUUCCUAUACGAUGAAACUUGGAUUGUAGACUGGGACAAUAUAAAACCCAGUACAGGUUACAAAGGGUUCGGGUCCGUGAGGAGCAUCCAGAGUACCAUGUUGUCCCAGACCAGUAUGGGCCAGAAUGGGGGCAUCAACCCUCCCCCUGUUAGAGGCCAGAUAUUCUGCGAAACUGGAAUCUUCGAAGGGAAAGUAGUGUCUAUAAAGAAGAUAGCUAAAAUGCAAUUCCAGCUGAACCGCUCCACGCGAAUAGAAAUAAGAAAUGUCAGGGCCCUGGACCACAUGAACCUGUCCAAGUUUAUGGGAAUAGUGACUGAUAUCGAGAACUUCUCUAUAAUAACUGAGUACUGCAACAAAGGAUCCCUCAAUGACGUCCUCUUAAACGACGAGAUCCCUUUAAAUUGGGGAUUCAGGUUAUCAUUUGCUCAAGACGUAUGUCGGGGUAUGGAGUAUUUACACAACCAUAAAAUGUUCCAUGGCCGGUUGAAGAGCAGCAACUGUAUUAUUGAUGACAGAUGGGUCUGCAAAAUAACAGAUUUCGGUUUACCGGACGUGAGAAGACCAGAUGAUGAUCCUGAGCUUGGGGAACAGUUUGGUUCGAUCAGAGAGAAAAGGAUCAACAGCAGGAAGGGUAGCAAGAAGGGACACAAAUCAAGUCUAAAAAUGAACAGGCGGAUAUCUGGAUUGUUGAGCUCGAAUAAGAAGGACGUUGAAGCGGAUAAUGAGAUGUCGCACCGGGACUCGGACAGUCCCUUGCCUAUACUCCUGUCACGUGAAGAUAAAAUGAACAGAGUGUACAGACCUCCUGAAGCAAACACUGACGAAACGCAGAUAUACCAGCCAACUACAGAUGUGUACAGUUUCGCAAUCAUACUCAUAGAGAUCGGAGGCAGAACUGAAAUAUCACCACCGGAAGAAGCGGUGUAUGAUCCAUUGUGGAGACCAGAUUUGCCGGACUUUGAGGAUCAUGAUAAAGAUCCGGACAAUAGCCUCCCACUAGCUAACAAAUACAUUGACUUGAUCAGACAUUGUUGGGAAGAAAAACCAAGUGCUAGACCUACCUUUACAGAGAUUAAAAAGCAACUUCACAACAUCAAUCCUAACAAGGAAAAUCCUGUGGACAUGAUGAUGAAGUUGAUGGAGAAGUACAGUAAACACUUGGAGGCUAUCGUAGCAGAGAGGACUCACGAACUUGUAGAGGAGAAGAAGAAAACAGACAGACUUUUAUACGCCAUGUUGCCCAAGAGAGUAGCGGAGGACCUGAAACAGGGAAACCCUAUAAUAACGGCAAAGUACGACGCGUGUACCAUAUUCUUCAGCGACAUUGUCGGGUUUACAAACCUAAGCAGUUCCUCGACUCCACUGGAAGUUGUGGAGCUGCUUAACCAGAUGUACACAGCUUUCGACAGCAUUAUUGACGAGCAUGACGUGUAUAAAGUAGAGACCAUUGGAGAUGCCUACAUGGUGGUGAGUGGUGUUCCGGAGAUGAACGGGGACCGCCACGCUGAGGAGAUAGCCACCAUGGCUCUGAAAAUAGUGUGUUUCUGCAGAGGGUUCAGAGUUCCCCAUCGUCCUAACCAGAUUGUGAAUAUCAGAGCGGGAAUACACUCCGGACCGGUGGUGACGGGAGUUGUGGGGCUCAAGAUGCCCCGGUACUGCUUGUUCGGAGACACCGUUAACAUGGCCAGCAGAAUGGAGAGCACUGGAGAAGCACUGAGGAUCCAAGUUAGUCCGGAUACAUACGUCAUCCUGAGAGGCAGAGGAGACCUGUUCACUUUCGAAUACCGGGGUCCAAUCGAAAUUAAGGGUAAGGGUACGAAGGAAACCCACUGGUUGCUAGGGAAACGACAGCCGGAUCAUCAGGACCUUCUUAUUCAGAACUGCCUCUCCCCGGCCUCCCAUAAACGUAUCUUCAAGGGAAAUAGACUUGUAGCUCCCCCUCAACCCCUCACGUCUAUGGAGCUCAAUGACCAAGGCUCUGCUCCCCCCGGCCCCCAAGGUACUAGCACCGCUGAAAGCUCCACCAACAUUGUCGCCCCUACUGAACGGUCACAGCAGUAUAGAAGAGGAGCCCCCCACUUACGACUCUCUGGAGGGUAGCCCGCUCCGUCACCAUGGUGACUCUCUGGAGGGCAGCCCGCUCCGUCACCAUGGUGACUCUCUGGAGGGCAGCCCGCUCAUUAGGGGGGCUCCGGAGAGGGACAGCUCCACGUCACGUGACCUCCUCCUCGCUCCUGACGUGUGAGAAACCCCUUCUCGCUGGGGAGCUCUUCUACUGACCAGAUUUUUACGUUUUCUAGACCUCCUGUCAUCCUGAUAUUAUCCUGAUACUAUCUUGUUGUCCGUUACCAUGGUGACUGAAGUUCACCCCAUGAUCAAAUCAGUCUCCGUGAUCCGAAUCAAGUGAUCAUCAUCACUUACUGGUUGUUAUGGUUUCAGCGUGCUGGAAACUUGUAAAGUCCGACUUACUUAUCAAGAGUUGCCUUAGUUACCGAUUACCAGUGAUUAGUUGUCAUGGUUGCCAUGGCUUCUGGUUACUUGUUGCCAUGGUUACCAGUUACUUGAAUGAGACGAGUUAAGAGUUGUUUAGAGUUUGUGUUACUGGUUCCUGGUUCCCAUGGUGAUGUUAGCAGUUGUUUUAGUAAGUCUGUGAUGUGUGUUUUGUAAAUUGAUUCAGAAAUAUAAAAUGAAA